AUGGUGGACGAGAAGGUGGGUCCUUCGGCAAGUGGCAAGAUGAUGGUGAUGCGCAUGACGGAUAAGGAGAGGAACGACGGUCAUGCGAAGGCUGGGAAGGCUGGAACUGCGAAGGAUGCAGAUGAGAAAUCGGAGAUUCCCCAGCCACGGCGUGCAGUUCACCGUCGGCUGCCGGGAUCAGGUACUCACAUGUCUUCGCUGUCAACGAGAUCGGACGUCAGCCAGCGCAUCACGAAGUUUGUCAGAUAUACUGCACCACGUCACCACAAUCUAGCCAGAGGAACCAGCACGAGAGUCAAACAGUAUUCGCUCGGGGCAUUCAAAAAGCCUCCAUCCCUCCAUCUCCCAACUCUCCUCAAGGAUUUCCAGACCACGCAAGAAACCCUCCAACAACUCAAGCACUCAAACACCAUGCCGUCUCCUCCCGACUUCAACGAAAAAGCUUCAACCCAGCCAGACCAAGCGCAAGAAGAAUCCACGCCAACAACAGCCGAUCAGGCCAGCGGGCCCCAGAACGCCAACAUAUUCGAUCUCCAGCAGACCAUCGUAAGCACUGCCCCCCCCAACCUCCCUCCAGACAUGAUUCCCCUCUGCUACAUACAUCCACGCAUCCACACUCGACUGAGACCGCCUACCCCACAGCGAAGAUUGGAGGCCCGCGAAGCGCAGCUCGAGGCCCAAAACGCGGCCCUGAAGAAAGAAGUCGAGGGCCUGAGGACGAAGGAGCGCGAACUGCAGAUGACGAUGCGGGAGACGCAGAUGCAUCUGGACCACAGCAGGGGAUUUUGA